ACUGUUCCCCAAAUCUUCCCUGCUGAUAACUGGCCAGCCUACAACCAUGAAGAAGCUCCACUCUCUGUUAACAAACAACCUAUCCAGGCAGAGGUUGUAUGGUUUACAGAUGCUGAAAAGAGAGCGUAUUUCUUGAGUCAGUUUUCAGGUGCUGAUGCAGCAAUGAGGGUCUUUUAUGAGCUUUGACAAAAUGAAAGCCUUGACAUUAUGUCCUCUCUUCCCAUCAUCACCUGGAUGAUCUGCAGUGUCCUGCAGUCACAGAGAGAUGGUGACAGGACUCUUAUGAGGUCACUUCAGACCAUGACUGAUGUGUAUCUGUUCUACUUUUCCAAGUGCCUCAAAACCCUUACAGGCAUGUGGGUGUGGAAGGGACAAAGUUGCCUGUGGGGCCUUUGCUCUUUGGCUGCAGGGGGACUGCAGAACCAGCAGGUCCUAGUUCAAGUCAGUGACCUCAGGAGACAUGGGAUAGGAGUAUAUGAUAUCAAUUGCACUUUUCUAAAUCACUUUUUGAAAAAAACUGAAGGAGGUGUCAAUGUCUACACUUUCUUUCACUUCAGUUUCCAAGAGUUCUUGACUGCUGUGUUCUGUGCCCUGAAGAAUGACAGCAACUGAAUGUUUUUUGAUCAAGUGGGGAAAACGUGGCAAGAAAUAUUCCAACAAUAUGGAAAAGGGUUUUCAUCACUAACGAUACAGUUCUUAUUUGGCCUCUUACAUAAAGGAAAGGGAAAGGCCGUGGAAACUACUUUUGGAAGAAAAGUCUCUCCAGGACUUCGAGAGGAGUUACUGAAGUGGACUGAGAAAGAAAUAAAGGAUAAAUCUUCUAGGUUACAGAUGGAGCCAAUAGACUUGUUUCACUAUUUGUAUGAGAUUCAGGAAGAAGAAUACGCAAAAAGGAUAAUUGAUGAUUUACAGUCAAUUACAUUGCUUCAACCUGUCUAUACAAAAAUGGACAUUCUGGCUAUGUCAUUCUGUGUAAAAAGCAGUCACAGUCACCUGUCAGUGUCUCUGAAGUCUCAGCACCUACUUGGAUUUGAGGAGCCAGAGCGAGCCUCCGCAUUCAUGCCACCAGCCUUGACACUUAAUCAGUCCUUCCAGCUGUGCAAUUUGCCAGUGUCUUGGCUACACGUGCUCUCCCGAGCACGGCGUAAUCCAUAUUGUAAAAUCAAAGACCUGAAGUUAAGUUGAACUUUGCUUUGAACACUUAGGUAUUUGCAAGGUAAAGAUGGGGUUGCUAGAAACUGCACUGAUCAGACCUGAAAACAAAAUAUAACUAGUGCUCAGCUUCUCCACAGUGGAACAGCAAAUGAUAAGAUAUGCUACGAACCUAGAAGGGGUAGAGAGUCAGGCACAGAUCCCUGCUGGCCCCUCCAGCCUCUUCCCCUUUUGUAUGUGCUAUUUUUGCUGCAGGAGUAGGUGGCAGAUUAAAGCAUCUAAGAGAUUUGUGUCUGGUUCCCCUCCUGGACCUACCCUCCCCCCUUCUCCUCCCAGAUUCCCACCGUCGUCCUCCUUGGUUUUCUUUGUUGGGUCCUAUCCCAUUCCGUGCAGCUCAGUGAUCUUUUUCUCUCCCUCCAUGUCUCACCCGCAACCCCUGUAGUUACUCCCCAAAGUGCCAUUGCUCAGAAGCUCCCCACCCCCGGCCUGACCUUCAUUUCUUGCUCACUCUCAGGUGUCUUGUCAGCUUGUCAGUCAGCAUCAGGAGCACAAAGGCACAAGCCCCCUUGUUUCCAAACCCCUCACCGCAUAGAUCAGUGUCUGUUCUCCUUCCCUUCUGUCCCAGAGGAAGAGGCGGCCUUUCCAAUCCUACCCAAGCCAGUAAAUUCACUUUUUUAUUUUUGUAAGCAUUUAAUUAUUUCAUUUUACACAACACAUAAGUACAUAAUGAUCUAAAAGCCCUCCACCCUACUGUCCCAGACCCCACCCCACUUUAUAUCCCCAACACCCCACCUCCUGCUUACCAUCCCCUGACCCUGAUGAUCUCACCCUCCCUAGGUAAUACCUUGUUUGCUAAAUGUCUUUCCAGACCUUUUCUAUGCUUUUUCAAAUAUCAAUCUAUAACAUAAGGCACAUAUAAAUCUAUAAUAUACAUAUCAUACAUAUGCAGAGUUACAGAACUUUGGGGGGUUUUGUUUCACACACACAGAACUGGCUGUUGUAUUUUUUCAUUGAAUAGUACAGUGUAGAGUGUAUUUUCAUGCAGCACAAUCGCAGGAAGUGGAAAAGUGGUCAUGCCACCAUUUCUCCACCUCUUAGGGUUGCAGGAUCAACUCCUGUGCUGCUUCUCUGUGCCUUAUCUCCUCCCUGGGGCCUCAUUCUGACAUCCUCUAAAAGACAUUUGACUUCAGUAAAGCACACAGUUCUGCUCCCUGACAACCAGGACCAGGCCUUGGCUGCGGCCUCAGCCCCAACUCCAAAUAACCCACUGUUUCCUUACCCAACACCACCCUGACUAUGGAAUCUGCCUCUCUGUUCAGACUCUCUAGCAUGAGAAACUGUUUGGCUCAGUUAUGGAUCAGAUGUCCACUCCUGCUCCAAUCAUAUACAGCCUAGGUGGGGAGAGGGGUGGGUUACCACAGACAUGGCUGCUCAGGUCCACCAGAUACUUGGGUUGAGGAGGGAGACACAUACAAACAGAAGCUACAGCACUUUUGGGGUGUGGAAUGCUAAUGCUCUGGAACACAAAGGGCAUCAAUCAAAACAUGUUUCUCCCUGCCAAUCUAUACCCUCUCCACUUCCCAUCCCACCUCCCUCCCACUCCCUUAGCCCCAUUCUCCCACUCAUCCCCUCCCCCCACUCCACCCAGUUUCCUCCCUCACCUUGAAAAUUGAUUUCCCAUUGGUAUAUGUUUUUGUUCAGGGG